GCCAUUAAAUAGAUUAAUAUGCAACAAUAUAAAUGUUUAGCAUUACCUGGAUGGUUAAAUGAUGCUGAGAUAAUGAAAAGCUUAAUGACAUAAUUAGAAAAGGCUUUGAUGUAAAUAAUAACAUUUGAAUACUUGAAUCCUCCUUAUGAUUGUAGUAAGAGUAUUUCAUAAUUACCUUCUAAUAUAUCUGUUCCAGAAGGCACAGGAAGUAAGAUAUUAAAUGUUUAUUAAGAAACUCUGUAUCGAUGGGGAGAUAUUCAUUUAGAUCAUUCAUAAGAUGUUAAGAAUCUAAGAAAUAAAAUAAUUGAUGAUCCAACAAUAGUAGGUGUUGUUGGAUUUUCACAUGGAACAUUAUUAGUCACAGAAUUAGGAUAAUUGGCACAUACUGAUUUAGAACUAAGAAAGAAACUUAAAUUUUUUAUGGCUUUCUCUUGUCAUGGAAUAAAAGCUUAGAAAAACAUUUUUUCUUAAAAAAAGUUAAUCACUAUUCCAACUAUUUAAACAAUUGGAUCUAGAGAUCCUUUACAAUUAGAAUCAAUUAUAUAAUCAAGUGAAUUUCUAAAUCCAAUAAUUAUUUACACAGAUGCAAGUAAAUAGAUAUUCUAAUUAUAGCACAUAGAGUUCCUAUAUUUUCAUUUGAAUAACUUAAGAAAAUCUAGAAAUUUGUACAAUUAGCCUUAGAAUAACCGAAAUUAUGA